GGGCCAACCUGGCCAACCGCACGCUACGGCUCUGAUGUCUUCACAUCUGGCAUCCCUGGUGCUGGUGUUUACAUGAGUUUCAUAUAAAAAAACCAAAAAAACCUUAAAACUUGUAAACUAAAAACCUCUACGACGCCAAGCUGUAACAUGACAAAAGAAAAACUCAAACUUGCGGACAAACGUAAAGCCGAAAAUGAAGGCAAACAAGCCCCGACGGAUAAAGCCCCCGCGGGUGCCGCCAGCAACGACCCGGUCGGACCGAUCGUCCGGAAGGGAGCACUAAUGUCGUUUCGCACCAAAAAGCUCAUAAACAUCCCGUUGAAGGAUAUGCACGGAAGAUGUCGAUAUGUGAACGCGUUCGUAAAGUGUAACCGGGUAGGCGAGGGAACUUACGGGAUCGUCUUUCGAGCUCGAGACACGGAAAAUGAGGAAAUUGUUGCCCUCAAAAAGGUCCGGAUUGACCAGGAAAUGUUCAAGGAUGGCUUCCCAGUCAGCGGCUUGCGAGAAAUUCAAAUCUUAAAGAACUGUAACCACGAAAACGUUGUCAAACUUAAGGAAGUGGUCGUGGGCAACAGCUUGGAGAGCAUAUUUCUGGUGAUGGAAUUCUGCGAACAAGAUCUGGCCUCUUUGUUGGACAACAUGGAAACGCCAUUUUCAGAGUCGCAAGUGAAAUGCAUUGUCAUCCAGCUGCUUAAAGGACUGAAGUAUCUGCAUUCAAAC